AAAACGCAAAAAUAAUUGUACGUCACACUUAUAACAAACGGCAAGAAUUCCAAGUAUAAAACCAUAUGCAUACACCUCUAUGACUACAAAUAGCCCAAGCUUGCCGUAUAGCUACUCAUCAUCUUCAAUCAUCAAUGGCGGAUACAGUUUCUCCUCCUCUAUAUCAAAAAUUUUCUCGUAAAAACCAUAUUCAUAGAGCUUUGGACAUUUGCAUCCUCUUUCUUCUAACUUCUCUCAUUUUUUAUCGUCUUUUAACUCUCAAGAAUCAUGGUUUUGCUUGGCUUCUUGCUCUUUUAUGCGAGUCAUGGUUUACUUUUGUCUGGGUUCUUACUGUCAGCACAAAAUGGAACCCUGUGGAUUACAAAACAUACCCAGAACGCCUCCCUCAAAGAGUGGAAAAGUUUCUUCCAGCAGUGGAUAUGUUUGUGACAACGGCAGACCCAGUGCUAGAACCGCCUAUAAUAACAAUGAACACAGUAAUAUCAUUAUUAGCAGUUGAUUAUCCAGCAAAUAAGCUUGCAUGCUAUCUAUCAGAUGAUGGAUGUUCUCCUCUCACCUUUUACUCUCUGCUUGAAACUUCCAAGUUUGCUAAGCUUUGGGUUCCCUUUUUGCAAGAAGUACAACAUUCAAGUUAGAGCUCCCUUUAGAUACUUUUUCAUCCACUUGAUCAUAAGCCUUAUGUUGUCAGUUGAUGCUUAGUCAUU